AUGGGUCAAAUUCUCUCUAAUCCAAUCAUAGAUAAGGAGCUCGACAAUGGCGGAGACAUUAUGACCGCAUUCGGGCUCUGUGCGAUGCAAGGAUGGCGGAUGUCGAUGGAAGACGCGCACGUCUGUUUACCCAAAGUGAAGGGGGUCAACAAGGACCAUAUUGCAUACUAUGCAGUUUUCGACGGUCACGGUGGUGCGUCGGUAGCGGAGUUUUGUGGGGAGCGCGCAGCAGAAGUUUUGGAGGCCCAAAAACACGUGAAAGAGGGCAAAUAUGCGCGCGGACUUAUUGACGCGUUCAUCGGGCUAGACAUAGAGAUUCUGAAAGACGCAGUGCUCCGUAACGAUCACAGUGGGUGCACAGCGACCGCGGUGGUUAUUUCGGCGGAGCAGCGGCAAGUGGUGUGCGCGAACGCGGGCGAUUCGCGGACGGUGUUGGCGCGCGAGGGCCGUGCCAAAGCACUGUCGUACGACCACAAGCCCACGCUUGUUGGCGAACGGUCGCGGAUUGUGGCUGCCGACGGGUUUGUCGAAAUGGAGCGUGUGAACGGUAAUCUAGCGUUGAGUCGCGCCAUUGGCGAUUUCGAGUUCAAAAGCAAUCACAAUCUGCCGCCCCACGAACAAAUCGUGACUUGUGUGCCGGACGUGGUGGCGCACGACCUAGAUUUUGCCAAGGAUGAAUUUGUUGUGCUUGCAUGCGACGGAAUUUGGGACUGUCUUUCGUCUCAGGAUUGCGUCGAUCUGAUACACUACGGAAUUAAUCGCGGCGAUAUGACUUUGGAAGACAUUGCGUCACGUAUUGUAGACGUGUGCUGUUCACCAACCACCGAGGGUACCGGAAUUGGGUGCGACAACAUGAGUAUUGUCAUUGUCGCAUUGCUUCAGCCCGAGGAGUCGUUGGAUGUGUGGUUCGAGCGCAUGCGUGCCAAGAAACAUGCGCCUUUGGUCUCGUUCGAGGACAAGAGGCGUUCUGUAUUCUCGUUUUACGAAUUCCCCAAAGACGACAGCGAGGUCUUUGUCGUUUCUACCAAGAAAUCAGACGACCAUACCAGCUACUCUUCGCAAGAAGACGAGGAAGAGGAUCAGACCCAUGCGGCCGCCGGUCACGGGCGCCCGCAGAUGGACCUAUUUUCGCUCGAGACUUUGCUUGGCGCAGGCGGCAUUCAAUUGAGCCAAGGCGCCAACAACGUCUCCUACAUUCACGGAUCUGCGCUUUCCGAGGUUUUGGCUUCCUUGAGCGGCGCAAAUGGGGCCGGCGGCGCCCCGGGAGGCGUCACUACCGGUGAAGAUGUAACGAGUGAGGACGAGAAACCAGAUAGAAUCGAGGAAGUUAAGGAGUGA